AUGGAAUACGCUCAAAAGGCGGUAGAGAAUAGCGGUACAGCAAUCGGUAUUCGGGGCAAAGACGGCGUGGUUUUUGGUGUCGAAAAGCUUGUCCGAUCCAAACUUUACGAAGUUGGAGCCAAUAAGAGAAUCUUUAAUAUUGAUACUCAUAUAGGUUCUGCUGUAGCUGGAUUGCUAGCCGAUGCUCGCCAUGUAGUAGACACAGCCCGAGAAGAAGCAGCUAACUAUCGUUACAACUACGGUGAGUCGAUUCCUUUGAAAUACCUCACCAAUCGAGUCUCCAUGUAUGUCCAUGCCUACACUCUGUACAGUUCGAUGCGCCCAUUUGGGGUCAGUAUGAUCUUGGGCUCUUACGAUGAAGGUCUACCUCAGCUCUACAUGAUUGACCCAUCCGGAGUCUCCUGGGGCUACUUCGGUUGCGCCAUUGGUAAAGCUCAACAAACGGCCAAAACAGAAAUCGAGAAACUCAAAACUAAGGAAAUGCCAAUAUCCGAAGUGGUCAAAGAAGUGGCCAAAAUCAUUCAUAUUGUACACGAUGAAGUCAAGGAUAAAGCAUUUGAAUUGGAAUUGAGCUGGGUGGGUGAACAAACCCAAGGAAGGCAUGUUUUAGUGCCUGACGAUAUAAAGGAAGAGGCGAUUCGGUACGCUAAUGAAGCCCUCAAGGAACCAGAUGAUGAGGAAGAUCAAGCUAUUGGUUAA